AUGCCUCCCCCAGCUAACCUCCAGCCAACCACAACCCCCGAUCGGCACCGUCAUCAUCCAUCCAAUUUCGAAAUUGAGUUCAUUCCUAUCAAUCUUAUCUUCGACACCCUCAAGAACCGCCUGUCGAAACAAAACUGCUUAAUCUUUGCUAUGCAACCGUCAACUGAAAACAUCGGAAUGGGCAAGUACGAGUACGAGGAGUCGUACAUUGCACCAAGUCAAAUGGCUCAAAGCGACGGGGCGUCGUGUCGGGUUUUUUUUGAGCCCUCUCAAGACAAUGCGGGUUACAUCCAUUCGUAUUCAAACGUCAUGCAUCCAGCGCCACCGGGCUUGCAUGCGGCCAAUCACCAGGGCUCUAUCGGUCACGUCGCGGUGGGUCAUCAGCUGGCUUUUCCAGGUCAAGAUCCUCGUCUUCAAGGACCAAUGGCGUUUACCUCAAGCUCGCUCGGCCAACUCACCGCAAUGCCGAAUCCUCAUGUGACGCAGAUUUCGACCGCAGGGGCUCAGGCGACCCUCACCUCUGACCAGACCGGCCACCUGAUGUCGAUGCCUGCAGGUAACGUGGGCCACAUGGCGCCGGCUCAUCCUCAAGUUACGGGCCAGGCUUUGGCGAGGAACCCCACUCGCGCCCAUUUGGUUGCACCAAACCUGGGUUCAGGCGGCGAGGUGGCAGCGCGCCCAAUCCUGAUCAAUUACAUCGUCUUCAUCCGAUCGGCGCAGAAUCAAGCCGUUGGGUCCAGCAAGGCGACUCCUUCGGUCAAAGAGUGGGACCGAUUGGCUUCGACGGCCGAAACGGUCUUCAAAACGGACAUUACGCGUUGGGACUGGCCCAGUUUGCAGGCAAGGAUCCUCUCAAUCCUCGAGGGUCCACAUGACCCCAUUGGCCUCGAGGGCCCCGGAAAGUUACUUCGGAAGCAUUUCGACGCCCUCGCGGACUCCGGCCUGCUCAAGUGGCAGUGCGUCCUCAACUCGCAUCGUACGUAUGGCCACAUAGGCCACUACUAUGUCACUUGUGAUGAACAGUGGAAGGUCUUUGUCAAUGUGGCCUGCCACAAGGAAAAUUUGGCGAAGAAAAUCUUCAUCAAGCUCCUGAUGGAUGAUCCUCGCAAAACGGUCAAGGCCGCUGAAUCUGCGAAGAAGCAAAACAAUAACCUUGUAGCCCAAUAUGGGACAAACCCGGAGCGCAUUGCCAUGGAACGACUAAAUUCUUGUCUGGCCAAGAAUACCAAGGCUGACACAGAUGCUAAGGAUCGGGUCCAGAAGGUCGCCGAUCUAUCAACCUACAUUUGCAAGAAGUACGGUGCUAAUUCAGAGUCCUUGAGGAUCAAGGACCCCGACAACCCAGAGAGGUCGAUCCGGCUCACAUCAAACGGGCUGGGAAUAUGGGGCCGAGCGUUGUUUAAGAAAGCGGACGGGGUGGACUUUGACCGGCCUCCUCAGACGGACGACUUUGUAUCAGAGCCUAUAACUGUGUUCACUCGCGAUGAGGAAGCCGCCCGGGUAGCUACUCCAAAGACCCCAAAGAACAAAGGCCCCGCCAAAGGAGCGAUUCGCCGCUCAGCCUCGUUGAUGGCCUCCGGAAACCACAAGCACGGGUCUCCGUCUGGGAUCAGCCCAGCAGCACCACGGUUCACCGGCGUCCGCAAGACCCCGGAUGGGCGGAUCAGGCCGCCCAAGUUGAUCGCAUCCCCAACCUUAUCGUUGGACCCCAACGAUAAGGUCUCGUCCCCGAGCCUGGGUAGACCCGAGUCGAUAAAUCAUCUACAUGUCCUGGGGAAAUGGGGCUCGGAUGCCUCUUCAGUCUCCAAGGCCCCCGACCCAAGCGGGACCGACGAGUCGGAGAAAGUGACGGACGAGUCCGCAAAAUCUGUUGACCGAGGGUGUUCGACGACCGAGUCAGACGCUGAGGCGGAGGCCGUGGACAUUGAUCCGUAUGUCAGAGGACAGUCAUCUGACAGUACCGAUAUCGAGCUGGUCUCCGGUGAUCAGGGGGGUCCCGGGUCUCAUCCUUCACCGGCUCGUAAGAUACCUCGUGUGGCAAACACCAGCGCCAAUCGCAUUGCGCACACGAUCAGUCGCCUGGAGUUCCAUACUCCAGGCCCACAUGAUGCCUCUCCACAAGACUCCCCGGGAAACCUGGCCGCGGCGGCGACUCCCAUUCACAAUGGUGUCGCGCACACGAUUGGUCGCCUGGAGUUGCAUCCUCCUGCUCCACAUGAUGUCAAUCCUGUGGAGCAGGAGCCGUCCGGAAUCCAGGCCGCGCCGCCGAUUCCGAUUCAACAAGCCGUGGCUAGUCCAACCCCUGGCGAAAACGGUGGCCCUCCCGCUCAUGAGGUGGCGGCCCUGGAGGCUGAGACGGACAGUCCCCCAUUGAACGAGGCCGGUCGCACCCUGCGAAUGGAGGACUUUCUAGCCCUGUGCAACUUUGACGCGAACGAUAUGGUGCCUCGGGUCCUCAUUGACGUCACCCACAUCCGACACUGGGACUUUUUCCGUGACACGACUGUAGUUGAGUUGCAAAGGAUGGGCUUCCCUUUUCCAAUUGCAAAGCAAUUGAUUAAGGGGGCCCGCGGUUUAGAGGCGACUCACACUCAGACUAAUCCCCCCAACGCCGAACACGCUGACACGGCCCGCCCAAUGAUUUGA